GGCGCGCCGAGAGCCGCAAGGCGCGGGUGUGAGCGAAAGCCGUGGCUGUAGUGCCGGGUCGUUUCUGUGCCACUGUCCGCUGCGCCGCCUCUGCCCUCGCCGAGCGCCAUCGCCUGCGGGACCCCCGAGGAGCCCCUGGCGCCCCCGAUCGGGCGGAGGAGUCAGGACUGGGAUAGCCGGCGCUGAGGGAGGAGCCGGGUCCAAGCGGUCGAGCCCAAGGCCCCCGGGCGUGGAGGUGGGGGGCUGAGGCCCCCGAGGGGGCCCCGCGGCGAUGGGCAACCUGGAGAGCGCUGAGGGGGGCGCGGGUGAACCGCCCUCUGUCUCCCUGCUGCCGCCGCCCGGCAAGAUGCCGAUGCCUGAGCCCUGUGAGCUGGAAGAGAGGUUCGCCUUGGUGCUGAGCUCCAUGAACCUGCCUCCUGACAAGGCCCGGCUUCUGCGGCAGUAUGACAAUGAAAAGAAGUGGGACCUGAUCUGUGACCAGGAACGAUUCCAGGUGAAGAACCCUCCCCACACUUAUAUCCAGAAACUCCAGAGCUUCUUGGACCCCAGCGUAACUCGGAAGAAGUUCAGGAGGAGAGUGCAGGAGUCAACCAAAGUACUGAGGGAGCUGGAGAUCUCGCUUCGUACCAACCACAUUGGGUGGGUGCGGGAGUUUCUGAAUGAUGAAAACAAAGGCCUGGAUGUGUUGGUGGAUUACCUGUCCUUUGCCCAAUGUUCCGUCAUGUUUGACUUUGAGGGUCUGGAGAGUGGUGACGAUGGUGCAUUUGACAAGCUCCGGUCCUGGAGCAGGUCCAUCGAGGACCUGCAGCCACCCAGCGCCCUGUCAGCCCCCUUCACCAACAGCCUCGCUCGCUCUGCGCGCCAGUCUGUGCUCCGGUAUAGCACGCUCCCUGGGCGCAGGGCUCUGAAGAACUCCCGUCUGGUGAGCCAGAAGGAUGAUGUCCACGUCUGCAUCCUUUGUCUCAGAGCCAUCAUGAACUAUCAGUACGGAUUCAACCUGGUCAUGUCCCACCCCCAUGCUGUCAACGAGAUUGCUCUCAGUCUCAACAAUAAGAACCCAAGGACCAAAGCCCUUGUCUUAGAGCUCCUGGCAGCUGUGUGUUUGGUGCGGGGUGGUCAUGAAAUCAUUCUUGCUGCCUUUGACAAUUUCANUCAGGUAUGCAAGGAGCUGCACCGCUUUGAGAAGCUGAUGGACUAUUUCCGGAAUGAGGACAGCAACAUCGACUUCAUGGUGGCCUGCAUGCAGUUUAUCAACAUUGUGGUGCACUCGGUGGAGGAUAUGAACUUCCGGGUCCACCUGCAGUAUGAGUUUACUAAGCUGGGGCUGGAGGAGUUCCUGCAGAAGUCAAGGCACACAGAGAGCGAGAAGCUGCAGGUGCAGAUCCAGGCGUACCUGGACAACGUGUUUGACGUGGGGGGUUUGUUGGAGGACGCUGAGACCAAAAAUGUGGCCCUGGAGAAGGUGGAAGAACUGGAGGAGCAUGUGUCCCACCUCACGGAGAAGCUUCUGGACCUAGAGAACGAGAACAUGAUGCGGGUGGCCGAGCUAGAGAAGCAGCUGCUGCAGCGGGAGAAGGAACUAGAGAGCAUCAAGGAGACCUAUGAGAACACGAGCCACCAAGUGCACACCCUACGGCGGCUCAUUAAAGAGAAGGAGGAGGCCUUCCAGCGUCGAUGCCACUUGGAGCCCAGUGCCAGGGGCCUGGAGUCUGUCAGCAGUGAGGCCCUGGCGCGGGUGGGCCCUGCGGAGCUGAGCGAGGGCGUGCCGCGCUCGGACCUGGACCUCCUGGCUCCAGCCCCGCCCCCCGAGGAGGCUCUCCCUCUGCCUCCUCCGCCUGCUCCUCCCUUGCCCCCGCCCCCUCCCCCGUUACCAGGCAAGUGUCCUCCAGCCCCACCUCUCCCUGGCGCUGCUCCCUCUGUGGUGUUGACAGUAGGCCUGUCAGCCAUUCGCAUCAAGAAACCUAUUAAGACCAAGUUCCGGCUGCCUGUCUUCAACUGGACAGCGCUGAAACCCAACCAGAUCAGUGGCACUGUCUUCAGUGAACUCGAUGAUGAGAAGAUCUUGGAGGACCUGGACCUGGACAAAUUUGAAGAACUGUUCAAGACGAAAGCCCAGGGCCCUGCCCUUGACCUCAUCUGCUCCAAGAAUAAGACAGCGCAAAAGGCUGCCAGCAAGGUGACCCUGUUGGAAGCCAAUCGUGCCAAGAACCUGGCCAUCACCCUACGCAAGGCUGGCCGCUCAGCUGAGGAGAUCUGCAGGGCUAUCCACACGUUUGACCUGCAGACACUACCGGUGGACUUCGUGGAGUGCCUGAUGCGCUUCCUGCCCACGGAGGCAGAGGUGAAGCUGCUGCGGCAAUAUGAGCGCGAGCGGCAGCCCCUGGAAGAGCUGGCAGCCGAGGACCGUUUCAUGCUGCUCUUCAGCAAGGUGGAGCGGCUGACCCAGCGAAUGGCUGGCAUGGCCUUCCUGGGCAACUUCCAGGACAACCUGCAAAUGCUUACGCCGCAACUCAAUGCCAUCAUUGCAGCCUCUGCCUCUGUCAAGUCCUCACAGAAGCUGAAGCAGAUGUUGGAGAUCAUACUUGCACUGGGGAACUACAUGAACAGCAGCAAGCGGGGAGCAGUGUACGGCUUCAAGCUCCAGAGCCUGGAUCUGCUGCUGGACACCAAGUCCACUGACAGAAAGAUGACACUGCUGCAUUUCAUUGCCUUGACGGUGAAGGAGAAGUACCCAGACCUGGCUAACUUCUGGCAUGAGCUGCACUUUGUGGAAAAGGCUGCAGCAGUGUCCCUGGAGAACGUGCUGCUAGAUGUGAAGGAGCUGGGCCGGGGCAUGGAGCUGAUUCGACGGGAGUGCAGCAUACAUGACAACAGUGUCCUUCGGAACUUCCUCAGCACAAAUGAAGGCAAACUGGACAAGCUCCAGCGCGAUGCCAAGACGGCUGAAGAGGCCUACAACGCAGUUGUGCGCUACUUUGGUGAGAGUCCCAAGACCACGCCUCCUUCUGUGUUCUUCCCAGUAUUUGUCCGAUUUAUUCGUUCUUACAAGGAAGCAGAACAAGAGAAUGAAGCCCGCAAGAAGCAGGAGGAGGUAAUGCGGGAGAAGCAGCUGGCUCAGGAAGCCAAGAAACUGGAUGCCAAGACCCCAUCCCAGAGGAACAAGUGGCAACAGCAGGAGCUAAUUGCAGAGCUGAGGCGGCGCCAGGCUAAGGAGCACCGGCCUGUGUACGAGGGGAAGGAUGGUACCAUUGAGGACAUCAUCACAGGCCUCCACUGCCAGCCCAUUGUCGUUCGCCACCAAGCCAGGAGUGCUGCGCCACCCAGUGGCCCCCCUCGGGCUCCAGGCCCCCACUGAGACCCUCUAGGAGGCAGAAGCACUUCCAUCCUGAGUCCUGCCAGUGGACCUGGAACCCUGGAAUCGGCCAAGGGCCCAGCAGAGGGCUAUGCUGCUCCCGACCUGGUGUCUACCCCAGCUCUCAAAGCUGCAUCUCGCCUGCCGCCAUUGUGGGCACCAGGUCUUUUGGGGCCUGACAUGGCCCUGGUGCCUCCAGUACUGCACUUUGCCCCCAAGGUCUUCAACUUCAUUUCCCGAAGGGUCACCAAGGGUCAGCUCAGGGCUGGAAAAACCAUUUCCAGCUUUAGCCUACAUUGGGACAUCUAGGCCCAUCUGUCAUUAGAGCCAGAGGGAUGAGAGAAAAGCAACUACCCCUUUUUUUUUCUUCCCUUCUUUUUCACAGCCCUGUGGUCAGCUGUGGUCUAGAAAAGUCCAGGCUUGGGGAGCCCUGGGACCCUGCCAAUCUCAGAUCACCUUUUACCAGGAGCAAGGCCCUCCUAAGCCUGGGCCCCGCUCAGCUGUGCCCUAGUGAUAAGGGUGUAGGAGAGAUGCCACGCUCACUGCCCACAGACCUGGCCCUUUCCAUUCCAAGCUGACUGUGUCCUUGCCGAGGUAGCCAGAGGGGUUUUCUCUGCCCCAGCCCUAAGACAGCUAGAGAAAGGGUGUGCCAACAGCAUCUUCACUUCCUUUCCUCAGCUAAGUCUUUUUGGGGGGCGGGGAGCAUGGUGGUCUUAGCUAUUUUCUCAGUCCCCUGCAAGUUUCUUAGGUCCUGGAAGGAAAUACAGGGACCCAGUCGUUUUUGUACAUGUACCACCUCCCUUCUGUCUUGUACAUAAACCCUCGCCCUUCUUUCAACAAAGGCUUGAAGCACCA